AUGGAUAGAGCGGCGCUGCGCGCGGCGGCGAUGGGCGAGAAGAAGGAGGGCGGCGGCGGUGGCGGGGGGGACGCGGCGGCCGCGGAUGGGGGCGCCGGGGCCGCGGCCGGCCGGGCGCUGCAGCAAUGCGGGCAGCUCCAGAAGCUCAUCGACAUCUCCAUCGGAAGCCUGCGCGGGCUGCGCACCAAAUGCUCGGUGUCCAACGACCUCACCCAGCAGGAGAUCCGGACCCUGGAGGCAAAGCUGGUGCGCUACAUCUGUAAGCAGCGGCAGUGCAAGCUGAGCGUGGCCCCUGGUGACAGGACCCCUGAGCUCAACAGCUACCCACGCUUCAGCGACUGGCUGUACACCUUCAACGUGAGGCCCGAGGUGGUGCAGGAGAUCCCCCGAGAGCUCACGCUGGAGGCCCUGCUGGAGAUGGAUGAGGCCAAGGCCAAGGAGACGCUGGGGCGCUGGGGCGCCAGUGCCGAGGAGUGUGGCCGUCUGCAGCAAGCCCUCACCUGCCUGCGGAAGGUGACGGGCCUGGGAGGGGAGCACAAAGAGGAGUCCGGCUGGAACUCAUCAGAUGCACAGCGGGAAAGUGGCUCAGGGCCCUCCACGGACACACUCUCUCCAGCCAGCCUGCCCUGGCUCCCAGGGAGCACCCAGCUGAAGGGUCCCCGCUCCAUCUCUGUGUCAGCUCUACCUGCCUCAGACUCCCCAGGCCCCGGACUCGGCGAGGGCCCCCCGGACCCCUGUAUCCCCCUGCACACCAGCGGCCGGCUGACACCCCGGGCCCUGCACAGCUUGAUCACGCCCCCGGCUACACCCCAGCGGCGACGGCGCGCCGAGCUGAAGCCACCUCGGACGCCCCCGCCACCCAGCCGCAAGGUCUUCCAGCUGCUGCCCAACCUCCCCACACUCACACGGAGCAAGUCCCACGAGUCCCAACUGGGGAACCGCAUCGAUGAGGUCUCCCCAAUGAGGUUUGAUCUCCCACACGGAUCCCCACAGAUGGUACGAAGGGAUAUUGGGCUCUCAGUGACACACAGGUUCUCCACGAAGUCCUGGUUGUCGCAGGUCUGCAACGUUUGCCAGAAGAGCAUGAUGUUCGGCGUCAAGUGCAAGCACUGCAGGUUGAAGUGUCACAACAAGUGUACAAAAGAAGCCCCCGCCUGUAGAAUAUCCUUCCUCCCGCUAGCUAGGCUUCGGAGGACAGAAUCUGUCCCCUCAGACAUCAACAACCCAGUGGACAGAGCGGCCGAGCCCCAUUUCGGAACCCUCCCCAAGGCGCUGACAAAGAAGGAGCACCCUCCCGCCAUGAACCUGGACUCCAGCAGCAACCCGUCCUCCACCACGUCCUCCACCCCCUCGUCGCCGGCCCCUUUCCCGACCUCAUCCAACCCCUCCAGUGCCACCACGCCCCCCAACCCCUCACCUGGCCAGAGGGACAGCAGAUUCAACUUCCCAGCUGCCUACUUCAUUCAUCAUAGACAGCAGUUUAUCUUUCCAGAUAUUUCAGCCUUUCCACAGGCAAGCCCAAGUCCGCUCCCCAACGCACCCGACAGUACACGGCUCGAUGACCAGCCUAAAGCACAAGUGCUGGAGGUUCACGAAGUGGAGGCUGAGGAGCCUGAAGCUGGGAAGUCAGAGGCAGAAGAUGACGAGGAUGAGGUGGACGACCUGCCCAGCUCCCGCCGGCCCUGGCGGGGCCCCAUCUCCCGCAAAGCCAGCCAGACCAGCGUGUACCUGCAGGAGUGGGAUAUCCCCUUCGAGCAGGUGGAGCUGGGCGAGCCCAUCGGGCAGGGCCGCUGGGGCCGCGUGCACCGGGGCCGCUGGCAUGGCGAGGUGGCCAUUCGGCUGCUGGAGAUGGACGGCCACAACCAGGACCACCUGAAGCUGUUCAAGAAAGAGGUGAUGAACUACCGGCAGACGAGGCACGAGAAUGUAGUGCUGUUCAUGGGGGCCUGCAUGAACCCGCCCCGCCUGGCCAUCAUCACCAGUUUCUGCAAGGGGCGCACGUUACACUCGUUUGUGAGAGACCCCAAGACAUCUCUGGACAUUAACAAGACAAGGCAGAUCGCUCAGGAGAUCAUCAAGGGCAUGGGCUAUCUUCAUGCCAAGGGCAUCGUCCAUAAAGACCUCAAGUCCAAGAACGUCUUUUACGACAAUGGCAAAGUCGUCAUCACAGACUUCGGGCUCUUUGGAAUCUCGGGUGUGGUCCGCGAGGAGCGGCGUGAGAACCAACUGAAGCUGUCCCACGACUGGCUGUGCUACCUGGCACCCGAGAUCGUGCGUGAGAUGACGCCAGGGAAGGACGAAGACCAGCUGCCCUUUUCCAAAGCUGCCGACGUCUACGCCUUUGGCACUGUGUGGUAUGAGCUACAAGCAAGAGACUGGCCCUUUAAACACCAACCUGCAGAGGCCUUGAUCUGGCAGAUCGGAAGCGGGGAAGGAAUGAAGCGGGUCCUGGCUUCCGUCAGCCUGGGGAAGGAAGUCAGCGAGAUACUGUCUGCUUGCUGGGCGUUUGACCUUCAAGAGAGACCCAGUUUCAGUCUGCUGAUGGACAUGCUGGAGAAACUGCCCAAGCUGAACCGGCGGCUCUCCCAUCCUGGGCACUUUUGGAAGUCAGCUGAGUUGUAGGCCUGACUGCCUUGCAUGACCUGGGACUCUCUUCCUCCUAAUCGCCAACUCAGCUCCAGGACUUCUGCUAAGACUCCAAACACCUAGCAGACUAACCCAGGGCCUGCCGCCUCUGCUGCUCCGAUCCGCCCUCUCCAGGCUCCUCCCUGUGCUCUGUUUGUUUUUAAACCCUGUCCUCGUGGCCCUGUGUGCCUGAGUGACUGCCCACGGAGCGCAGCAGUAACGAGCGCCCCGCGAGCUGCCAGCCGCCUUCAGGGACAGGACUGUCCUUUCUCUCCUGUUCCCCCAGGAUGGCUCUUGCUUACACGUUCCAGCGGCUCUACCCCCCUACUAACACCUCCAUGAGCCCCUGCUGAGCAUGCUCAAGGGUGGGGAGGGGGCUGCCUUCGGACCGUGGGUCCUUGUCCUGCAAAGCGCGCAGUGCUUCCAGAGCUGCCCCGAGGCCAGCACCAGGGCCACAGAGCCCUCUGCAGGUUCUGUCUCUUUCUCUUGAAGACAGAGCAGGAGACACGGAAGGUCACGUUGUUGGGAAAGACAUCAGCUCAGAAGGGCUGUGUCCUUAAGAGCCCCCAGAAAAGUCAUCCUAAGCAAAAUGGUGCCUGUCACCAGACGACUUCACUGAUGGAAGCAGAGCUGCUCUUCACGCCUGCAGGGGCGUCCGCAGCCCUGACCACAUCUCUGCAGUCAGCCUCGGGAAUGUGCACCUGCUCCCCUGGGGCCCCAGAGGACCCCCCCCACGUGAGCACCGUCUCUAGAAGGAGCUCCUGGUGCUGGGCCUCGGCUCGCUGUCCUCUCCCAGUUCCGCACGGAGCGGCCAGUGAGGAAAUACACAAGCCCGUAGCGGCUACCGCACACUUUGGUGCCAGGGUGCUGGGUUCGACCAGCCACGUCACUGAGCCCAGGAGGGGAGCGUAGCUGAGGCCAGGGCAGCUCUGCCAAGGCUGUGGGCUUAGCAGUCCCUGUCCCUCGUUUGGUAGGGGUUGGGUUCUCUGCUGAGCUUGGGGAACUAGCCCAUUCCCCCAGCCAGCGCUUCCCUAACUGUGGCUUAGGCCAUCAAGGGCCAUAACUUUGAUCGUUUCUGCUCCUCUUCGCAGCAUUGCCAGCGGCAAAGUCGUGCCCCGCUUUGAAAGGUUCGGCCUGAGCGCCCUGGAGUCCAACCACCCAAAGAUGUAGCCAGCUGUGCAAGUUUGCACACAAACAUUGCUUCCUUUAGACACAUUAAAAACAAACAAACAAACAAAUGUGUUUCCAAAACACGCAAACCACCAUCACAACGAGAAAUCGAGAAAUCGAACAGAAAACCACUCCGCCUGCCCAGCACCGCAAACCCCAGAGCACAAGCCCUCCUUUGGUCUGUAUGUGACAACGACAUGGGCCCCUGGAGACAGAGCCACACCUGCCAUUCAAGAUGCCACCAACAUCCGACGGCAGCCGGUGUCCACACUCACGUUUCUGCCGAGAGAGCCUGAUGUUGUACGCGCGGCAAUAAUAAACAGUAUGCGCAGAAGGACACCUUGGGGUGGCAGGAGCGCCAUUCCCUGUGGAGGAGCCCCAUGCUGAGCCGGAAGAAACCCGUCAUGAUGUGGUUUUGGGUGGGGGACAUGAGAUUUGCCCUGGCCUCUACUUUGGUUCCAGCCCCCAUCAGUAUCUCCCUCUUCCCUAUCAAAGGAACACUGUCCCUCCCUUGUCCCUUCCAGGAAGCCCUGGCUAGGAAUAGGUCUAGAUUGUAAGGAGUUCCCAAGACCUUUGAUUCACUUUCCAGAUUGUUCACUGAUCCAGAUUGUUCCUGCUGAAAAAUAGAGACAGGAUCCAAAUAAUGUCUGGUGGCUCCUAGCCAGGGCUUCAGCCACAGGGUGAGGAGAUGGCCACCCGUUUGUGGAGAUGUGCUUCUGUGAAGCCUCAAGGCAACAUCCCAAUGGGACUUAGGGCCUCUGUCACUAGGACCCCCACCCUCCCCCCAGUACCUGACAUCCACCCUGAGCCAAGAUCCACCUCAGCAGCGGCAUGAGCCAUGAGUGAUGGUGAGAACAGGGAAGGGGUCGGAGACCUCUAACAGGUACCUGAGCCCCCUCCCCAGCUCCCAGGUGACCCUAGCACUUUAGAAACCCAUCAGUCAUGUUAGAAGGUUCUAGAACUACUUAUCUUUUCCACUUCCCCAGCCCCAUUGAAGCCUCUAAGCCCAUUCUGACUCGUCUCCUGACUCAUCUGUGCUCUGAGCUAAUUGGGCAUCAGGCUCUCCAGCGUUCUCAGCCCCGCCUAGCAAGGCCCCAGCUGCAGAGCCUUGGGCUUCCGUUGGCAUCCAUUCCUAUGAGCAGGAGGGGCUUGGACCAGGCAAAGUCAGACAUGCUCCGUGGAAAUUGUCACCUAUAGAGUAAAGUAACCCUCAGGGGUUAGGUCACAUCAGGCCACAACCAGAGAGGAUGAAGAGGUAUAGUGGGUAAUGGAGAUGUGAUUGGACUUGGGCCCACAGGUUCUGAGGCCACAUGGGUAUGGGGGUGGCCCUGUGGCUGUUCCCCUAAGUAAGGCCCUGGUUUUCAGAACCUUCUUUAGCACCGGAAUCAGGUCAAGAGUCACAUAAAGCAGGCCCCUGCUGAGAAGGUGAGGUGCCGCCCCCCCCCCACGCUCCUUGCUCACCCAACACAGCUGGGUAGUGCCGCACGUGCCCUGGGACAGUGUCUUCUCCCUCUCCUGUGGGCAUGGGGAGGAGCCAUGAGCCGGUGGGCUCAGCUCUGCCUGGCUCGUGCCUCCUCUGAGGGUGGACUGCCAUUUCAUCCCAUCAUCCCUUCGGUGUCCCAUGUCAUGAGCUUCGCACUGCAAAGUCACGGGGUGUUACCACCGCUCCUGGGGCUGUCACAGGUCUGCACCUUUCCAAAGGCCACAACGCAUGAGCCUCUGGACUUUGUCCUUUCUGUGGUGACACUGGCCUCCCAGGCCUCCUGGGGAGCCACAGGGGCUGCUGGCUGGGUAGCAGGUGAGUCAGCUCCUCCUGUCCCCUGAAGCCAGGCCACAGUGGGCAUCACACACAGCCCCCAGAUGGUGAGCCUGUGUCUAGCUUUGUCCUGUGAAUGUAAUGGUUCAGGAAACUGUGAGCCCUUCAGCGAAUGUGGUUUUGUGCAUUUUCUAGGGUCUCCAUAGAAAUAGUACUAGUCCCCACCCCAAGUAGCUGAUGGUCCGCAGGGGCUGCUGGCCUGAGGGCGGAGGUGACCUCCUACCCUUCGUCUCCAAGACCUGUCUCUCCUCUGCCCUUCAUUUGAGAGACCCCCACCAUGGUUUCCUGCUCCCCUUUCUAGUGAAGCAACUGUGAAUUGAGGUUAGGAAGGCCUGCUAACUUGAGCGCUUGUCCCGUCUCCCAGGAAACACAUGAAGGAUGACAGAUACUGUGAAUUCAGCCCCGUGGCCACUGUGAAGGGGAUGGAGAAGGCUGGGGCUCUCAGUGACCGCAGAGGGCCCCCACCCCCUGGGGUCUCAGUCAAGCCCAAACUUUGACCCUUCCAGGCCCCUCCAGUUCCUAGCCUCACCUAAGAGGCCUUUAACCAGCAGAGCCGCAGCCCCUUGGGGUUUUGUCUGAUCGAAGUCUUGGUCUUGAAUCCUGGCUGGUGCUGAGCUCACUACGGGCAGUGGGCAGCAAGCUGGCUUCUCUGUUGCACCACCUCAAACCCCUCUGCCAUGUGCAGGCACGUCGUCUCGGGGCCCAGGUGGGGUGUGGCGAGCCUGUGUUGCUCUGCAGUGGCUGGUGGUGGGGCAGAGGUGGCAGCGUGAAGCAGGGGGAGCCACACUGCCAGAGCACUGGCCAGGAUGUCAUCCGUGUGUGCACCAGCGCCUUCCGUGGCCACAAGGCACACAUUUGCUAUUUUGAAUGUGAUGUAAAAACUGUAUAGUAAAAGUUUUUAUAUUUUCUAUCAAUUGUGUUUGUCUUCAAGAAAUGCUUUAAUUUAAAUUAAAAUGGUUAGUAUUAACAAGCAUGUUGUAUUGGAUUUUGUUAUUGUUUCGGUUUUUGUUUUUCCAUAAGGUAAGAACACGCCCUCUGUGCAGAUGUAGGCUGGGGGCUGGUGUCGUGAAUAAAGUUUUACUAAGCGUC